GGUAGCGUUGCCAUACCAACCAGGCUGGGCGUGCCACCUGUGCCGGGUCAGGAACAGCUGUGCUUUUGGUGGGUCCCUCUGCAGCCAGAACUAGUGUUACUGCUCGGUGAUAGGAAGGCUGGCCCAUUCCUGCAGCCAUGAACAUCGUCCUUUCCAGGCACAAGUGAUGGCGCACUAACGAGGGAAGCCGGAUGUCUGAAAACACGGCCCUAAGCAUUUGCAUCAAGCUCACGAGGGGCAAUGAAGACGCAGCUUUGGCGAAGGGCUCUCACCUACAGCUGCAGAUAGCAAUCCUAAGGAGAAGUGGAGCAAGACAAACAUCCUCUAUAUGUAGCCAAUGUUUAAGAACUGUGUAAAGCAGCAGCAACUUCUGGAAACUUUGCAUCUGCUGGAGCUGUUAGACUAUGAUAACAAACAUACACUGAAGUGUAUUGGAGCCAGAUGUUUGACAGCAGGACUAAAGCCAAGAUCCAGCCUAUAUGCCGGGGCUCAAGCAAGAGAACAGAAAACACUGGGUCCCUAGGGAUUCCCAGGCUGCUGGAGGCAGGAGUCUGGCUGUAACUUACUUCCCCCUCCAGCACUACUGCCAAGAGAUAGCCAAGUGAGGAUCAUGGAGAACACAGUAGCCAACGCAGAGAAAUAUUUCGGCCAGUUCUGCACGCUGAUGGCCUCCUACGCCAGGAAGACAGCCAAGCUGCGGGACAAGUCAGAUCUCCUGGUGAAGCAGCUCAUCGACUAUGCGAACACCGAGAACCCUGAGCUGCGAAGCACCAUGAAGAACUUUGCUGAGGAGCUGGCCAAAGUGCAGGACUACAGGCAGGCAGAGGUGGAGAGACUGGAAAUGAAGGUUGUGGAGCCACUGAAACGGUACGGAGUCCAGCUCAAGCAGACACAGGCAGAGAUCAAGAGGUUCAACAAAGUCCGAAACAAUGAGAUAAAGCAACUGGAGAAACUGGAGAGACUGCGGCAGAAGUCACCCUCAGACCGACACACACUCUCCCAGGCUGAGUCAAAUGUGCACAAAGCCUCAGUAGACGCCAGCCGCACCACCCAGCAGCUCGAGGAAACCAUCGACGAGUUCCAGAAACAGAAACUGAAAGACAUCCAGAAGAUUUUCUCGGACUUUGUCACCAUCGAGAUGGUUUUCCACGCCAAGGCUCUCGAGGUCUAUUCCAGCGCCUUCCAGAACCUGGACAAUUAUGACUUCGAAAGAGAUAUGGAGGAUUUCAGAGCGAAGAUCCACAUUGCGUCUGGAAAUUACGAUGCCAGGCCAAUGAGCGCCACACACCCUUCCUCCACCCUGCCAUGGUCCGCCAACAGCCAGAGCGUUCGGAGCACUCUACAGAGGCAAGAAGACAGUGAAGAAGACUCUGAAGAGAACAUAGUGCAGGAUUUCAGCAAUCCAGAAUAUGCACAGAUUAGGCGGUAAUUGGACAGUGGGAUUAACCAGCCACACUCAUGAGAGCUGGAUGUAUUUAUUCCUAAUUCCACUGUAUCUACCCUUACUGAACCUUAGAUUUUCCAUGAAUGCAAGGAACUCCCAAUGAGGUUCUUAAGCCAUUUGGAGCCUAUGUAAAUGCAUUGUUCCCAAGCAUUGAGGUGGCUCUAAUUCGGAGACUGAUUCUUAGUACUAGAGGGGAACCAAAAGGCUUAUUUGCAAGUUGAACAUCCUCUGGGAAAGCAUGCGGGGUGGACUGUCUGUUGGCAUGACUCUGUGUUAUUACAAACCAGCAACAGACCUCAGGUUACAUGACAUCGUGCAUGUACAUCAUGCACUGAACGAGUGAGUUCCAUAUGAACAAACAAAACUCGCUGGCUGAAGUUUGGGAAAGCAAACUUGUACCCAACUCCCAGGAACAGUAUCCUCUGGGGGAUGCAUCUCCCACAACUGGGUGGGAUUUCUGAAGAAACAAAACCCUUAUCGAUCUACUCAAAAUAGCCACUUUAAAGGCAGGUAUGAAUCUCUCACCAAUCAGAUGAGUAAGAAUCACAGCUCACUUCCAACUAAUGUAUGUCGUCUUCUUUACAGAGUUCUGUCUAUAAGUCUUUCCAAUGGGCACACCCCAGUAGCAUGCAGGAGACCAAUGUUACACUGUAGGAUAUUGACGAUGUCAGAAGUAUAAUUUCAUUUUCCCACUACUUUAAUUUUACCUAUUGAUUAAUUAAGAGUGUAAAUAUGGUUAGCUCAGAGGGCGUUACCAUGUAGUUGUCAGUCAUUCGCUCUUUGCCGCAAUUGGCUAUUUCCAUGUGACAUAAUAAACAGUCGUUUUAUUUGUGC